AUGCGAAACAAAUUUCUUUUUCAGAGGAUGGUGGAGUCGCGUCGUGUAGCUGGAGGACGCGGCAAGAAAGCGUCGCCUCCAUUCCUCUCGCAUGAGUUCAUUAUUCAGAAUCAUGGUGAUAUUAUGUCAUGCAUCCUGAUGGUCGUCAUUGUUGGUCUUCUGUUCCAGGCAACGUCGUCUUUCGCGAGCAUUUUCGUUGUGCCGCAGUACAAUGAAACGAUUGCAUUGACGCCAGAUGCAGAACCAACACCUUACUAUCGCACCGGCAUUAAAGAUAUCGCAGCAGUUGCAUUCUAUGCAGUUGGAUGGAUUACGGUCCAUGCAAUUCUUCAGGAGUAUAUUUUCGAUAAGCUCCAACGUAAAUUCCAUCUGAGCAAAACGAAAAUGAGCAAAUUUGCCGAAUCUGGGCAGCUUUUCGUCUUUGCAGUCUAUUCGGCUAUUCAUGCUGGUUAUGUGUUGCAUGAUCUGCGUAUUCAUACGGAUGUCACCAAAUUAUGGGUCGGUUAUCCAGAAAUCCAUCGCCAUCUCACUCUGCACGCAAAACUCUUCUUCAUCUUCCAGAUUGCGUAUUGGGUACAUCAAUUUCCGGAAUUUUACUUCCAAAAAGUACGCCGUGAGGACAUGCAACCAAGAACAGUCUACUCACUCAUUUAUCUAAUAUUCACAGUUGCCGCCUAUGUGAUCAAUUUCAAUCGCUUGGCAAUGGCCUUGCUGUUCCUCGAGUACAUUUCGCAGUCUGUUUUCCAUCUGACACGACUCUUCCACUUCGCCGAAAAGUGGAGUUUGGCUAAAACUGGAUUUAAAAUCUGGAAUGCGGUCUUUAUGCUCGUUAGACUGGCCAGUGCUGUGAUUGCGGUUUUGACUCUGUGGUAUGGUCUUCGCUCGAAUGAAACUCCGUACAUGGAUUUAGCCAACGGUAAUUUCAAUACAGCUUUCAUCCGAUUGAACAGUAUGCUGUGUGUGUUGGCGCUACAACUCUACAUGCUAUGGAAUUUUGUACUGUUCCAUGUUCGUCGCUACAGAGAGCGACGCAUUAAAACGAAGGCUGAGAAACAACCGAGAGUGCAACCGAAGAAGAAGAAACACAAUGUUGAUGAUGUGAGCUGA